UGGACAGUGAUAUGUUUGGUGGGAAGAAGCUGCAGCAGGAAACCGAGAGCCAGGUAUGGAUAAAUGGCAUAAAUGAUGCAAACAAAUUGUCCCUAAUGGCAUGGGUAAAGGAGACUAAAACAAACCUAGUGCAAGUAAAUGGUCAGAGGAAAUAUGGUGGACCUCCUCCAGGUUGGAUUGGAGAUGCGCCAGGCAGUGGGUCAGAAGUUUUUAUUAGUAAAAUACCACAAGAGUGUUAUGAAAACCAAUUAAUCCCACUAUUUCAAAGCGUUGGAAAAUUGUAUGAGUUCCGCUUGAUGAUGACCUUUAGUGGCCUCAAUCGAGGCUUUGCAUAUGCCCGCUAUACAAGCAGGCGACAUGCUUAUGCUGCAAUUGCUGCAUUAAAUGGCUAUGAAAUGACAAAUGGCUGUCGGAUCCUGGUCUGCCGAAGUACAGAGAAGUGUGAAAUUAUAUUAGAUGGUCUCCCAUGUAUGCUGGAAAAAUUAAUGUUGACGAGUGUCUUAAAAGAAUUGACCCCAGGAGUGGAAGAGGUAUUCCUGCAUCCAAGCCGCAAGAAGAGCGAUGAAAUAAUGGCUGUCGUGAAGUACUGUUCGCAUAGAGCAGCUGCUUUAGCAAAAAAGAGUUUGCGAGAAGGCUCGCAUCUUCUAUAUGGGCAACCACUCACUGUAGACUGGCUUAAGUCUGAAUUAAAGCAGAAGCUGGAAUCUAGCAAACCUUCAAUCUUGCGUGACUGUCACCUCGUACAGCAGAUGUGUAACCUGGAUGGGAGGAAUAUUGAUAACCAAAUGGUCAGCGCUACUGAUUGUCUAGAUGCCCUGUGUCAAAGAUGGAAGCUUGGUCGACCACUGUUUAUGAUAAAGUUUUCAAGUAUGAGUCCAUGUGGCUGGCAGAGGUUUUGGUAUCGUGUAGUGAUACCAAACUAUUCUACACCUUUUAGCGGCUAUGAGUGGGUUAUUGGAGAAAACCUUAUACCUACUGAAAAACACGAGAAGGCAAGAGAGGUGGUGGCAAAACAGAUCCUGACAAAGCUAGAUGCUGGUUUGUCGUCUUACCUUCUUACAAACCAACAAACUCUAGGUUUGAACCUUGGGCAUAGUCCAUGUUGGGCCAACUGAACAUCCAGAAUGACAAACAUGCUUCAGAGUUGGGUUUUUCAUUUUUUAAAGCUUGUUUUUUGAUAUUUAUACACUUUUUAAAAUUUUUAUUCACAUGUUUAAAAUCACUGGAAAAUGUAAAUUGUAAAGUCUGCAAAGGACAUAUGGAACUUGUUUUUAGAAUUGUAUCCAGGCAACUGUUGACCUCUGUUUGACUUGUAAAUACAGAAGCUUGUUAUCUGGUAGUUUCUAGGGUAGAAAAUAUCAAUCUAUCACUUGGAUCUGUUUAACAAGUGUUGUAGGUGUGACACAAUAUUAUUAUAAGUGACCGAUGUGGUAAAUUUUGAAUCAAAGUUCCAUAUGCAAAAAAAUUCUCGCCCAUCUUCUGUGGGUUAUUGCAUUUUUAAGAUGUAGACCUAUUGUAGCACACUAGCAUGCACAGGUAGAUUGUCUGGCACAUUGUUUUGGUGUUUGGUUUUUACUUUGUAGUUGUGUCUUUACACAAUAUAGAAAUGUAUAUGAAGCGAUCACAAUAACACUUAUUUUUCACUUUAAAAAAAAAAAAUCAGGCUAAACAAAAAAUGGAAAUUAACAAUAUGACAUCUGAAAAGCACAUGAAAGGAUGCUGUAUGAUUUUAAAAAAAGAAUGAACACACUACAUGAAGGUCCUGUUCACUAGAGUGUGUAGUCAUGAAUGUAACCAGUAAUACUUUGUUUUUACAGCCACUGGU